AUGACGGUACUGCUAUUGAUGAAUCGCUCGGUUGGUGGAUACCCUACUGUUCUCUUCCCGCAGCUUGCUGCUCGGGCUUCCCAAGAUACCCUUAGUCUAGGGCUCAGUAUUUUUCGAUGGGCUUUGCAGUACAACCAAUUCAGGAAGGAGGUUCAUGCUCUUUUUGAUAUAAGUAAACCUUCUCACAUAGAUCAUGUGCAACUUAUUAAGUAUUCUGGCAGUAUCCCCUUAAAUCUUCCCCCACAACCAGAGAACAUGUUUCACCAGCGUUUAAAAGAAGGACUUCCACAAUUGGUCAAAAACAGGGAAGUGCUAGCUAUCUUCAACACCCACGCUCAGGCGGAAGAAGAGAAGCUGAAAAAUGACCUGCUAGCUAUCAGACCUGUGAGCCCCACAAACUGUUGUGCAAGAUUUGGCAGUUAUCAAACAUUGGGCACAUUGAGAAGGUAA